UUUAUUACGUAUCGAAUAAUGACUUUAAAACUUGAAGCUUUUCAGGACUUUAAGAAAAGACUGAACCCCUAUUUCUUUCUUAUAGAAAAUGUACACGUUUCUUAUAAACGUCGGAAAAUGUUAUUUUGCAUCGCUUGUGUAGCGUUUACGUGGAUGCCUUUUAAAUCUUCGCUCCUGGUUCGACUCGCGAUUGGUGAAUCUUGAGAAGUUCUUUUUAAGACUAUCCUUCUUCUUUUUCUCCAAUAUGAUGGACCAGCGGUUAUACCGCAAUGUAUAACGCAGCUAAGCUUGAAAGCAACUAAAAGUAAAGGGAAGAUCGAGAUGACUAGAAAUUCGUCAUGUAAGUCUCCUUCGUUUCAUGAUGUAAAAAUAAAAGUUGCCAAACUGGAUCAAUUGGACGGCCGCUCACUGUACAAAUAUUAGAUCCGUGAACUGCUCCGUUUCUCUCACUUUACUACUCAAUGACAAGCGUUUUCUUUCUUUCUACCUCAUGAUAAAUCCGGAUUAUCUCUUGGAAUCAGUCUUAUUUCAUUAAUAAACUGUCCAUUUCUAAAUCCUAAGUGAAUGAUCUAAGUGUACUACUAAAAAGGCCAUAAUGAAUACGGUACUGAGGGAUGAAAGAUUUCAUCAGUAAGAGUGAUAAAACACUAUUUACAAAAUCAAUACUUAAGGAAAAGGAAGAAAAAAAAAGAGAAACGUAAUUUACAACCCCACUUCAUUGUAACGACGAAGAAAAAGUGAACUGAUAUUCUUGAUUUGGACAAAAUGAAACAGCUAUAUAUAGCUCUUUUUCCUAUACGAUUUCAAUAAUCAUCGAAAAAAGCAAUUUUUUGGGAAUGCUCUUUCUUACAUUCUGUUCUACCCUCAUCUUAUUGCUGGUUGCUACCGAUCAGGUAAGAGCUUCUUCACCCAUUACCCUGCCGCUGAAAAGAGUAGUAACCUCACCACAUUCGAAUCACACCGACAGGGUGGAAGACACAAAUUUCAGUAAUGCAACUAAUGUAAAGCGUUCCGAAAUGCGACGACCAUUGGGAGGACGUCAUUGGGGUGUAGCGUACUCUGUGCAAGUCGGCCUUGGUACACCAGCACAGACAUUCAAUGUGCUUCUUGAUACAGGCAGUACUGAUCUAUGGGUGCCAAUGAAAAAUUGCACUGGGACUAGCUGCGAGGAUAAUCCAGAAUUGUAUGAUCCUUCACAAUCGUCCACAGCCUACAAUCAUGGAAAUACAAAUAAUAUGGGCUAUGUAUCAGGUGCUAUAGAUACAGAGAUGUAUUCAGACACAUUCCGAUUUGGGGACCUUGAAAUUCCCGAUCAGGUUUUUGGUGCUGCGACAACGGCAAGUCUGUUCAGUUACAAAACAUAUGGCGACAGUGGAAUCAUGGGUAUGUCAAGGGGUACUGGAUCUUUUGAAUCUGGAACAAAUGCGUUUCGUGCCCUUUUUGACAAAAAACUCAUUUCCCCUGCGACAGCCUCCUUUAAUAUCACCAAAAAUCCCAACGAUAGCUCCUUGAUACUUGGCGAGACUCAUUCUGAUCUAGAAAAAAAGGGCGUGUCUUGGCACGAUAACAACAACUGUACACCGGAUGGCUUCUGUGUGACCGUCACCAGUAUCUGUGUCAUAGACAAGAAUGGAAAUGAGACUUGCAUUUUAGAAAAGGGUAGUAAAUAUAAAGCAGUGUUGGACACAGGUGCUACAGUAAAUUUGCUGGAUACAAAGAUUGCAUCUUCGCUCAGUCCUCUUUUGGGAGAUUCGGGUGAUGGUCGUAUACCUUGCGAUGCUCCUGACAUCGCAUUUGAGCUCAACGGUCAAAGAUAUCAGUGGUCGGUCGAUGAUUAUGCUACACAACAGGACGGCGCCUGCUGGACCUCUUUCAUUCAUCAAGGUUCUCUGGAUGGUAAUAACCAACUCAAUUUUGGAGAUACUUUCUUCAACAAUAUCUUUACUUCUUUUGACUAUGAAAACAACAUGGUGGGAAUUGCACCUUAUGAUUCAGUUUAAGAAAAAUAAUCUGAUUAUAAUCUAAGUAUUUGGUUUUCGCUUGUUUGUUUGAAAACUACAAAGCUUACGGUAAGAGUAUAAUUAAAGAUUGCCAAUUGACAAACUGGCUGCUUGAAGACUCGUUUCCAAAUGGCCUUGGUUGAAUGUACAGGAAUAACUUACGAAGCUCAUAUAAAAUGCAAAAUAAAGAGUGAUAUAUGAGAUCGUUGAUACAACGUAUAGCUAUAUGGAUUAGACACACAGUAGUGAUCUUAAACAUUGGAUGCUGUUUUACGACGCUGAAAAAAGAUGUUAAAACUAAAAGUAAAAAUAUGAAUAAAGAAUUAUAGAAAACCUAUAGCAUCCCGGAUUCCAAAUGUUGUCUACAGCCACAAUAUUGAACUAACGAGCCCCAUAAACGUUUUAACUGUAGCAAUCGGACAGGAACUGAUAUUUUCACCUUGGUACGGCCGUAAUUUAAUGUCUAGUAGAAAUAAAG